AUGCUUCAACACAGUUUAAAAAAUGAAAAGUUACAACCGAAUACUUUUAUCGAUGGAAUUAAUGUUAAGAUUACAGAGCAAUAUAAACCACCGAGAAAAAUAAUUUUGCCUGUAAGUUGUCAAAACAGUUGUCCAGGGGAAGAACUCUUUGCAGAUUACGACUUUAAAUUGGAGCAAAAUAUAUUAAACAAAUUGGUAGAAUGGAGAAGUGCAAGGAGAGAAGAAGUGCUUAACAGAAAAGAAAGACUUAAAGCACCUAAAAAAGUAUGUGAAGAACAUUUUAAUAAUGUAUCUAUUGAUUCAACCCAAACUGAAGGAGUGAAGCAGACAGAUAGUCUAAAAAAUUAUAAUUUUAUCGAUUCUGUUUUGACUCCGACUUGUGCUAAAUUAAGUUCUCCCUCUGAUGAGUCAGUUUCCUCACAUAUUAAUUUAUCAGAUUUUGAAUCUGACAAUUCAAGUCCUUUUGAUAAUAUGGAAUUAAAAACUAUAAAUGAUAUGGAGGUUUUAGCAAGUAUUUUAUCAGCAAAUAAUAUGGAACAAUCAUUAAAUAACAAUAACAGCAUAAUUGAUAAAGAUGUAGGUAAAAAUUGUUUAGUAUUGAAUAAUAAAAUUAGCGAGUGGGGUUGUAUGCCUUUAAAUGGGUACAAUAAUAUUACUUAUUCUAACUUGGAUUACAAUAAUUCAGUGCUUUCUUCACAUCAUAAAGACUUUAAUCAGUUUGGUUUCUAUCCAAAUAGUGAACAUAAUCAAAUUAGUAAUUAUGGGCUUAAUGAUUUUUCAAAUCAAUUUGAGGUUGCUGUUGCUUUGGAUCAGGGGUCUACAAAUGCCAGCAAACCAGAGCCAAAAAUUUUAGAAAAAAAUAAGAAAGUCUCAAUGGAUACAGUAGGGAAAAAUGAGGAAAACUCAAAAUGUGUUCAUGAUAUUAUUUCUGAAGUGGAAAUGGAAUUAAAGGAAAGCAAAGAAAGAGAAAAAGAAAAUAAAAGAAAGCAUAAAUUAGAUAAUGAGGGGCACUUAGAAAGCUGUCAAAGAACGGAAAAAAAUAGUGCCUUAAGCAAACUGCCUGAUCCUACCCUAAAAUUAAAUCCUUCUUCUCAAAAACUUGCACAAUACAUAAGUGAAAUGGGAUUCCCACUGGCGAGAGUGUCAAGAGCUUGCGAAAUGUUUCAAAAUAAUGAUAGAAAGAUAAUUGAGUUUUUAGUUCAAGUUCAGAGUUUAGAAGAUAAAAAAUAUCCCGGUGAUUUAGUAGAAAAAGCCUUGGUGAUCAAUAAUUUUAAAAUAAAUGAAAGUUUAAAAUACAUAGAAGCAAUGAUGGUGCUAUUAGAUUUAGGUUUCGAUGAAGAUAAAGCAGAAGAAGCAUUAAUUGCGAGCGGUAGCGAUAGAGAUAAAGCCCUAGACAUGUUAAUUUCAUAA